UCUAAGAUGGAGGCCGCUGAAUAAGCACCAAGCUCAUGCUUGUCUGCCUAUCCUUCAUGCUAAAUCUUUACACUCGCCGAGGGCGCUGGAGACCCGAGGUACGCGGCCUCGGUCGGUCGGGUUGUGGCUUUAGUGGGCAGACCGCGCUACAGUCUGCAUAUCCUGGAGGGGUGGAUUGAUGCACCAAGUUUUCGAUCAUGUUGGUCUUCAUCAAUACAGCUAAGCCAUAUGGCCGUCUUAUGUGACUGAAAGUCUUUAUUGGAGGAUUCGCACAGGACACAAGUCCUAUCCGUGUUCUAAAAGUCAUAAAUGUUUUAAAUCCUCUUGAUCAUUGAUCCAGCCUCAGAGAACAGGAGAGAAGUAAUUUCAGUGUUCUGGAAGUGACCGUAAAGUAGUCCAACCCAUAUAUACAUAAGAGAAGUAAUUUCAAGCUCCUUUUCUUGUUUGGAAUUUGCCAAAGGUUUUACAAUGGAGGCAAAACGUAUCGCACACAAGAAGGUUCACACCGGAGAGAAGAUGUAUAAGUGUUCUGAAUGUGACCAAGCUUGUACAAGGAGGUAUGGUCUACUCAUACAUCAGAGGAUUCACACUAAAGAGAGGCCGUAUCCAUGUUCUAAAUGUGACAAAUCUUUUAGACAGAGGGGAAGUCUCGCCAGCCACGAGAAGGUUCACACUGGAGAGAGGUCGUAUGAGUGUCCCGAAUGUGGCAAAGCUUUUGCGAGGAAGGAUGGUCUUCGCUUACAUCAGAAGAGUCACACUAAAGAGAGGCCGUAUCCGUGUCCUGAAUGCGGCAAAUCUUUUAGACAGAAGGGAUAUCUUAUCCGCCACCAGAGGAUUCACAGUGGAGUUAAGCCGUUUAAGUGUUCUGAAUGUGACAAAGUUUUUACAUCCAAGUCGGAACUCGUCACGCAUCUGAGGGUUCACACUGGAGAGAAGCCUUAUCCGUGUUCAGAAUGUGAUAAAGCUUUUAGGCAAUCAACGGAUCUUCUCAAACACCAGAGGAUCCACAGCGGAAAUAGGCCAUAUAAGUGUUCUGAAUGCGACAAAGCUUUUACAGUGAAGACAAAGCUUAUCAUACACCAGAGGAUUCACACUGGAGAGAAACCAUUUCAGUGUUCAGAGUGUGAUAAAGCUUUCAGAGACAAUUCAGUUCUUAUUAGUCACCUGAAGACUCACACUGGAAAGAAGCCGUAUCAAUGUUCUGAAUGUGACAAAGCUUUUGCACAGAAGGGAAGUUUUAUCGCACACCAGAGGCUCCACACAGGAGAUAGGCCAUAUAAGUGUUUAGAAUGUAAUAAAGCUUACUCAUCAGAGUCUAAACUCAUCGUACACCAGAGGAAUCACACAGGAGAAACCCCAUAUCAGUGUUCUGAAUGUAGUAAAGCUUUUACAGUAGAGUCAAGCCUUAUCAGACACAAGCGGAUUCACACUGGAGAGAAGCCAUAUCAAUGUUCUGAAUGUAGUAAAGCUUUUACAGUAUCGUCGAGCCUUCUCGCACACCAGAGGAUUCACACUGGAGAGAAGCCAUAUGCGUGUUCUGAAUGUGACAAAGCCUUUAAAACCAGGCCAGAGUUUAUCCUACAUCAGAGGGUUCACACUGGAGAGAAACCAUAUAAGUGUUCUGAAUGUAACAGAGCUUUUUCAGUAGAAUCGAGCCUUAUCAGACACCGCAGGCUUCACACCGGAGAGAAGCCAUUUCAGUGUUUAGAAUGUGAAAAAGCUUUUAGAUGGAAGCAAGAUCUUAAUGCACACCAGAAGAUUCACACUGGAUAGAAGCCAUUUCAGUCUUCUGAGCGUGGCAGUGCCGUUACAAACUCUGCAAACACCAGAGGACUCGCAAGCUUCAGCAGCAGAGAAGAAAUUCUAACAAUAGGGGGAUGUUAAAGGGAUAAGGAGCGAAGGUGCAAUGAAAGAGUUGUGGGUGUCUCAAUAGUUUCGCACCUCAAGUCAUCUCACCAGCUCGUAAAAACUGUAUAAUUCUACUGAAUUGGUGAGAAAAUUGGAAUGUAAUCGAUGAAUGCAUUGAGUUUAAUACUUCUGUCCACGAGACAUACAUGUAGUCUUUUGACUAUUUUCUCUUUUUUUUGAUAAUUUUUUUUCAGAAAAGCAUCAAUGACUAAGCUUUUUGUUUUCUUUAGUAUUCUCGUCUGGAUUCUUUUUAUAGAGCUUUGACCGAACAUGUAAUGCAUUUGCAUAAUUUACUAACUGAGCUGUGUUCCCAAGUGUCCUUAUCGGAUCCUAAGCUAGUACACGGCCAACACUUCCUCCAUACCAGAGACUGGGUAGCAGUCAAGUGGCAUCAUGCCAAUCCUCUGAAGCCUCAGUGGGAGGGUUCUUUUCAAGUUCUGUUGACUAUUGCUAUAUCAGUCAAGGUUGAGGGCUCCAGCUAAGCCCAUCUUGUCCACAUCUUCCCCCCCCCCCCCCAUAAUCAAUGGUUUCUUUCCAUGUUCUACCUCUUCAAACGAAUGACUGCUUCUCAGGCAGGUCUGCAGCUGAGACACCCACCAGUGAGAGGUUUCUGGUGAGAAAGCAACUUCCUUUGGGGUAAACUUUUUUUUUUUUUUGCAAACAAUACUUUUUGUCCCUGGAAAUGUUGCAACAUUGGGGCAGAUCCACGUACCUUUCCGCCGGGCGCAGCGUAUC